AUGGAAGGGCAGCACAACCAUCCACAUCAUUUAGGGGACCAGAACAACCCACUCUGCAAGCUGCCAGGGCAGGAGUACCAGCAUGAUCCUCAGAGACACUUAACGACGUACCCGUAUCGCUGCACGCUGGCCGACUUCCAGGUGGAGAAGAAGAUUGGACGAGGACAAUUCAGUGAAGUCUACAAAGCAACUUGUCUUCUGGACAGAAAACCUGUGGCAUUAAAGAAGGUUCAGAUUUUUGAAAUGAUGGAUGCCAAGGCUAGGCAAGAUUGCAUUAAAGAGAUUGACCUCUUGAAGCAACUGAACCACCCCAAUAUAAUUAAGUAUUUGGAUUCUUUUAUUGAAGAUAAUGAACUUAAUAUUGUCCUGGAACUGGCCGAUGCUGGUGAUCUCUCUCAGAUGAUUAAGUAUUUUAAAAAGCAGAAACGGUUAAUCCCGGAAAGGACGGUGUGGAAAUAUUUUGUGCAGUUAUGCAGUGCAGUUGAACACAUGCACUCCCGCAGGGUGAUGCACAGAGACAUAAAACCAGCCAACGUGUUUAUCACAGCCACAGGGGUGGUGAAGCUGGGAGAUCUUGGAUUAGGCCGUUUUUUUAGUUCUAAAACCACUGCAGCACAUUCCUUAGUGGGAACUCCAUACUAUAUGUCCCCAGAAAGAAUACAUGAAAACGGCUAUAACUUUAAAUCUGAUAUCUGGUCUUUGGGCUGUUUAUUGUAUGAGAUGGCAGCUCUUCAGAGUCCUUUCUAUGGAGAUAAAAUGAACCUGUUUUCUCUUUGCCAAAAAAUAGAGCAAUGUGAUUACCCACCUCUCCCAGCUGAACAUUAUUCUGAAAAGCUGCGGGAGCUGGUCAGCAUGUGCAUAUACCCCGACCCAGAUCAGAGACCUGACAUUGGUUACGUGCACCAAAUAGCAAAACAAAUGCAUGUUUGGACCUCCAGCACAUGAAGCGUCCGGACACGCUCGAGAAGCCAGCACAGCUCAGUCUUACUUGAAAUCUUUUCUUCUCAGAUGAAACCGACUGGUGCCUAGUCACACAAGUGAGAGGGUUGAGCACUCGUAGCAAGAUGCUCCAUUAUUUCUGCAGGUUAUUUGACAAGGACUCUUACAAGGUGGUCAUGCUUUAACGUGAAGAUUCUGUGAGGUAUUGCAAGUGAUUUUUUUUUGUUUUUUUAAGGCAAAUAACAUGUUACAGAUGUAGAUCAUUUAAGGGUCCUUUCUUAAAACUGUUGUGUGUAAUCUAGGGUAGAUGAUAUUAAAGGGGUGUCAGAGCAUUGACACGCCCUUCUAUCUUAACUGUAAUGUGAAAUAUUGAAAUAAUUCCUUCAGUGAAAUCACUUUAUACUAAUGUAAGAAUUACAGUAGAUUUUGUGUAAUUUGUAUAACUGCUGCUUUGCCUCUUCUGCAAAUGGUUAAUAGCAAAUUCAGUUUUUACUUCGUAUAUUUUAAAGCAGCCAUUUCUGUGUUUUUAUUAAUUCCCUCCUCUUCAGACUUAGGAACUGGGAAGGGUUGGGGGGUGGG